AUGAUACAACUGACAUACAGUUGCAUUCACAAUCUGAAACAAAUACUGAAUUACAUUUACAAUCUGAAACCAGUAAUGAACCUAGACUUUCUACAAGUAAUUUUAUAUGUGCAGAAACAAAUAUGCAAAACGAUCAAAAUAAUAUCACAAAUAAGGUUAAUAGUCCAUCACAAAUAUCAAGAAAUAUACUGGAUCUGUUACAAGACAACGUCAUUUAACACCAAAAGCACAAAAAAUAUAUAAGGAAACUGUAACAUUAGCGAAGAAAAGAAACCAAAUGAAAAGACAAAUAAUAGAUUAUAAAACACGCCUAAAAGAUACAAAGAAGUUAUUAAAUACUCAAUUUUGUAAAAAGUUUAACAGUUUAACUCCAACGCAAAGAUUGUUUUUCAAUAUGCAAUUACGAAAUACAAAAUAUGCUCCAAAGGGAAGAAGAUUUACACUUGACGAAAAAAUUUUAGCAUUGUCGCUAUAUAAACAAUCUGGAUCUUGUUAUAAAUUAUUAUCAAAAUUAUUUGUUUUACCAAGUGUUACAACUCUAAAAUGUUUGCUACGAACAAUUUCUUUACAAUCAGGAAUUAAUAAAUUUAUUUUUGAGCAUCUUUGGCAAAAUAUAGCACAAAUGAAAAAUGAAACAGACAAAUUAUGUAUAUUAAUGUGGGACGAGAUGUCAUUAGAAGCCAAUUUGCAAUAUGACCAAUUGAAUGACAGAAUAAUUGGUUUUGAAGAUUGGGGACAUAGACGUACAUCACUGAUAGCCUAUCAUGUUUUGAUUUUUAUGGUAAGAGAAAUUUUGAAAGGAUGGAAAAUUUCAUUAUCUUACAACUUCUGCAAAAGUCAAACGAAAUCUGUACAGUUAAUUAGAUGCAUAAAAAAAAUUAUAAAAAAAUUAUCUCAAGCUGGUUUGACAAUAAUUGCAACUGUAUGCGACCAAGGGGGACCAAAUAUGACAUCCAUUAAGAAACUUCUCGAGGAUUCAAGAAGUAAAAGUAUACAAAAAGGUCAAGAAUAUCGAGGUUUUAUUGAACUUUUUGGGCAAAAUAUUGUAUCUAUCUAUGAUCUACUGCAUCUUUUAAAAGGAAUCCGUAAUAAUUUAUUAUUUAAAAAUUUGGAAAUUAAUGCCACUAAUUCAGGAAUAAAAGAACGACAGUUUGCAUCAUAGGACAUCAUUGAUCAGGCAUAUAAAAUGGAUAUUUACACAAAUACAUUAAAUCGUCAAUUGCCAAAAUUAACCGAUGAACAUGUUAUUAGAUCAAAAAUAAAAAAGAUGAAAGUUAAAUGUGCUGCUCAAAUUUUUAGUGCAAGAUUAUCAGCAUAUAUUGAAUACAACAGCAAAAUCAAAGGAGGAUUUGUCGAGACACAGAUUGAUCCAGUAUAAAUACCAAAGGCAGGAUAUGACACAGCAAUAGUGUUAGAUUUUUUCAACAAAGUUUUUGAUUCCGUGAACGCACAUACUUUGCAUCCAGAGACUCCUUUACGUGUUGCGGUAACAAAAAAUAGCAAACAUAUGAUUUAUGGCCACAUGCUACUAAAUUAUUGUCCGACAUGCGAUAUGUAGAUCCGAAAACUAAGCAACCAGUUAAGUGCAUACCGUCAUUAAAAAAUUGGAUUUUUACUCUACGUGGAUUUCAGAACAUAUGGAAAAUAGUUGAUAACGCAAGUAUAAAAUUUUUAAAGACAAGAAAUAUUAAUCAAGAUCCACAGGAAAAUUUUUUUGGUAUGAUUUGUAGUCACGGACGUAGAAAUAUUAUUCCUUUGUGUAGCCAAUUUUGUGGAUCAUAUAAAACAUUAUUAAUUAAUAAUUUAACAUCAAAACGGUCUAUGGGCUCUAACUGCGAAGAUAAAAAUGACGGUAAUUUAUUAUUUAAUUUAAAACAAUUUGUGAAAAACGUUUCUCAUGUAAAUAAUGCAUCAGAACAAAUAGUUGAAGAAGACUCUGUAGCAUUCCAAAAUAACACAAUAAUACAUAACAUCUCAUCACAUAAAAAUAAUAGUCAAAUGUAUGUUUCUGGUUGGAUUGCAAAAAAGAUUUUAUAUUUGAAACAGUUUAAAAAUUGUUUAGAGUGUAAACAGAGUCUUCUAACAACAAAUAUAACAUCUGAAGAAUAUGUGCAACUAGUUCAUAGAAAAUAUGUACGAGAGAAACCUUCUUUAACUUAUCUAUCAAUGACUUUUUUCAAACACGCAUUUAUUAAAGCCGAUUCUACUUUAAAUAAAAAUAUUUCUUUAUUAUCUCGCAAAAAUGUUUCUACUUUGUUAUAUACACUUUUAAACGAUAAAUUAA